AUGGUUCCAGUUCCCGACCAGCUUUUCAAUCGCUGGUACAUGGCGAUUAUCCAUCCUCUGCAACCAAGGCUAUCAGCUGCAGCCACCAAGAUUGUCAUCUGUGUUAUAUGGGUGUUGGCUUUGCUACUCUCCUUCCCUCAAGGAUACUAUUCCACCACAGCGGAGCUGCCUGAGCGAGUGGUGUGCUUUGUCGAGUGGCCGCAAAAUCAGACCCAGGUCUCUCCAAUAACGUAUCAGAUCUGCAUGACUAUUCUAGCCUACAUCUUGCCUCUCAUAAUGAUAGGCUACGCCUAUAUUAUGGUGGGCAUUACCCUAUGGGCCAGUGCGAUACCAGGGGACUCUUCGGACCGCUACCAUGAACAAGUGUCUGCCAAGCGCAAGGUUGUCAAGAUGAUGAUCAUUGUGGUUUGCACCUUUGCCAUUUGCUGGCUGCCUUACCACGUCUACUUCCUCCUACAACUGUUCAACAGUGAGAUGUUCUCAGAAAAAUACAUCCAGCAGGUCUACCUGGCUAUCCUGUGGCUGGCCAUGAGCUCCACUAUGUACAACCCAAUUAUUUACUGUUGUCUCAAUGACAGGUUCCGGGUGGGCUUCAAGCGGGCUUUCCGGUGGUGCCCCUUCAUCAAUGCCAGCGAAUAUGAAGGGCUGGAAAUGAAGUCAGCGAGGUACCUGCAGGCCCAGAGCAGCAUGUACAAGGCCAGCCGGAUGGAGACGACGGUCUCCUCGGUCACUGCCAACCCAGAGGAGGAACUGGAUGAUGGCAGCAGACCCAGGCGCCCCUCUGUGGAUCUGACCUCCAACGGCUCUUCCCGCAGUGACACGAAAACCAUCUCGGAGAGCCUGAGCUUCUAUUCCAAUACGCUUCCCUGA